CAACCUCAACUCCUUGCAACCAGCCCCUCUAAAUAACUUCGAUUGUGCCAACCCAACAUCCUCCACAUAAUUAUACCAUCACCAAUACACUCCGCACCCACCUUCUAAUUAGAUACUGCUCCGCAACACCAUCAUAGCCAAGCAGAGCGCCUACAGAGCAACUACAGAACAACAAAUCUCUCAGCGCAAUGGCGCUCCUAACCUACCGCAAGGAUGUCGACUAUGCAAAGCAACAGAGCGAGUUUGAGGGCUUUUUGGAGUCUUUCAAAUCGGCAACACACGAAAUCGAGAAUGCCGCAUUGGACAUGCGCAUCGACGACGGUGAUACUAGUGACGAAUACGACUUCGCUGAUAGUGAUGAGGAGGCAGCUGAGCGCCGGCAUGCGAAUAAACAGCAACCCCAGAAAUUCGCAAACAAGUACAUGGAUUUGUUGCAGAAGGUCGCAAAUAGGAAGGCAAAUGAGAUAACGAUAGACCUCGACGACCUGGCGCAAUACGAGAAGUCUUUAGAAGAUGAUGAUAUCUUCUCGGAUUUGGUCAAAUCGAUUGAAAUGAACACCCACCAUUACAUCGAGAUCAUGUCAAGGGCCGUCGACAAGGUGAUGCCAGAGCCAACGGAGGAGAUCAACUACAAAGACAGCGUUCUCGACAUUAUCAUGUCGCAGCGAUCUCAAAGGAACGUGGAGAAUCGGUACAAUGAGGAGAACAUGGACGACCCAUCCGUCCUGCCAGCGCCUUACCCCGCGGAGUUGACUCGGAGAUACAGCCUGAACUUUAAGCCGCGGACAGCCAAUGAGAUCACUCGCUCCAGAGCUCUCGCAGUCCGCGAGGUUCGCGGCGAGCAUCUCGGCCACCUCAUCACCGUUCGCGGCAUCGCAACAAGGGUGUCUGAUGUCAAGCCUUCUAUCCUAGUCAGCGCAUAUACCUGUGGUAUCUGUGGCUGCGAAGUUUUCCAGCCCGUUACCACGAAGUCUUAUGGACCUUUGACUGAAUGUCCGUCAGACGACUGCAAAGUCAACAAUGCCAAGGGGAACUUAUUCUCUUCGAUGAGAGCUUCCAAAUUUGUUCCUUUCCAGGAAGUCAAAAUUCAAGAAGUCCCAGAUCAAGUUCCAGUUGGACAUAUCCCAAGACAACUGACCAUUCUCUGUCAUGGAGCACUUGUACGCCAGAUCAGCCCAGGAGACCUCAUCGACUGCGGCGGAAUCUUUCUGCCAACCCCAUAUACAGGCUUUAAAGCGAUGAGAGCUGGUCUGUUAACAGACACAUAUCUGGAGGCUCAGCACGUUAUGCAACACAAAAAGGCAUACGAACACAUGACAAGCGACCCGAAAAUCUUCAAAAGGCUUAAUGCGUACGGUGCAUCAGGGCAAAUGUACGAGUACUUGGCCAAAUCUAUUGCGCCUGAAAUUUAUGGCCAUCUUGAUGUCAAGAAGGCUCUGUUGCUAUUACUGGUCGGGGGUGUGACGAAAGCGAUGGGUGAUGGAAUGAGAAUCCGUGGCGAUAUCAACAUUUGCCUCAUGGGCGAUCCUGGUGUGGCUAAGUCCCAACUCCUCAAAUAUAUCACCAAGGUUGCUCCUCGUGGAGUCUAUACCACAGGUCGUGGUUCGAGUGGUGUUGGCCUCACUGCCGCUGUCAUGAGAGACCCAGUCACCGACGAAAUGGUACUCGAAGGCGGCGCCCUUGUUCUAGCUGAUAAUGGCGUCUGCUGCAUUGAUGAGUUCGAUAAGAUGGACGAUAGCGAUCGCACUGCCAUUCACGAAGUCAUGGAGCAACAGACCAUUUCUAUCUCGAAGGCCGGAAUCUCAACAACCCUCAACGCUCGCACCUCUAUCCUUGCCGCGGCCAAUCCCCAAUAUGGCCGUUACAAUCCUCGUAUUAGCCCGGUUGAAAACAUCAACCUCCCUGCCGCGCUAUUGUCCCGUUUCGACGUACUUUUCUUGAUUCUCGACAAGCCAACUCGGGAGACAGAUGCUAUGCUGGCUAAGCACGUCACAUAUGUGCACAUGCACAACAAGCACCCCGAAACGGAUGGCAUUGUCUUGUCGCAGGAUGAAGUCCGCCAAUACGUGGCGAAAGCACGCUCGUUCCGCCCUGUCAUUACCAACAAGGUUUCUGAGUACAUGGUCCGCGCCUAUGUCGAUAUGCGCGCACAGCAAGCUCGCGAUGAGAAGACUGCGAAGCAGUUCACACACACCUCUGCCCGUACACUUCUAGGCGUCGUUCGUUUGUCGCAAGCUCUGGCACGAUUGCGAUUCGACAACGAGGUUAUUUUGCCAGAUGUUGAUGAAGCCUUGAGGCUUAUCGAUGCGUCAAAGCAGAGUCUCUACGAUGAGCAAACAAACCGCGGACGUGAUGGCACACCCAGCAGUAAAAUCUACAAUCUCAUCCUCGCCCUGGCCGAGGCAGGCACUUGUGAUGUUGAUGAUGGAUCGGAUAGCGGCGAACUCAGCAUUAGAAAGGUGCAGGAGAGAGUUAUUGCCAAGGGGUUCACAAUCGAUCAGUUCCAGCAGGCGAUUGAUGAGUACACGCAGCUUGAUAUUUGGCAAACUGCCGGUAAUGGUACUAGACUGGCGUUCCUCCAGAAUGUGGACAAGGAUGCGGAUGUGGAGGACAUGUUCUAAUUUAAAAGGGGGGAAGUUAUUGCAUGUUCUAUAUGUAGGCUUGUGCAUUGGAGUGCUGGCGUUUCCUGGGAUGGUAUACAGUGUGUUCACGUUAGGAGAGCGCAGGGUAGAUGUUUACGAAUUCAAAGCUAAAUUUCCUCAAUGCUUUCCUAUUAUUGAGAGAUAGCCGCCGCCGCGUGAUGAUAUUCUGGGUUGCAUGCACCUGACAAGCUUGCAUUUAUUUGCGCCAAGGACUGCAGCAAUUUUCAAUCCCAUUCACUUUAGAUUCCCAGAGAAGUUAUCAAAGUUACAUGUUUUGUAUUCGACGUUGGCCGUGUCCACUGCUAGCCAUCAAUCAAACUAAAGCCGGACCUUUUCUUCCCACCCAGCCAACGCCAACAUUCCCAAACGCCGAACAAUGCCCCACAACUACUUUUUUGGCCCUUAUUUCGCUCCCACCUUUCUACCCUUGCGCUCGUUCGCUCUCUGGAGACGCUCAUUCCUCUUAACCUUCUCCUUACGGUCUCUCCUUCCAUCACCCUGUUGAGUCGUGCCCUCCUUCCUCUCACGCUCCUUCUUCAUAUCGACCUCCACGAUCCAGUCGUUCUCGCCGGCCUUGUUGGCUCCCUUGUAACCCCACUUAGGCACCCACUCCCCAGUUGCCUCGUCGUACUGCAUCUUCUGGCGCACAUCGGCAGUCUUGGCCUUAAUGCCCUUCUUGCGAGCGAAGCGCUCCCAGGUGGUCUCGGCCUUUGGCGGUGGAAGAGGCUUUGCAGAGAGUUAGCGGCAUGUACUACUAUACGCGGCAGGGAAUUGAAAGAGGUUUACCUUUUCACGCGGAAGGUGCGUACUCGGGGUUGGAAGGGUGAGGAGGACGCCAGCUGGCGCCGAAGUAAUCGGACAUGUGCCCAAGAGCUGAUUGAUGAGUGCCUGCGCACCAUCUCUCGCUGUGGCACUCAGAUCAUCCUCAAUGUUCUCACUGUUCAGCUCCAGCGGGUUCGGGUCGUUUGCGAGGAGGUACCCGAGAUCAAAGAUAUACGGCGUAGGCUUAUCAACGACGACCGGUAACCGUGUGAGUUCCUGAACUUCAGCCAUUGCGAGUAUCGUUCGUUGUGCUGAAAGAAAUUCGUAAAUGGUGGUGGUAUCGUUAUCGGGGGCGCAAAAAGUUCGAGCGACAGAGAGUUUCCUUGUCGCGCGAGCAAGGAUGCCGCAACUUUUUAGCGGCCGCAUUUUAGCGUCCUUUUUCAAAAGUGUACUGCACCCGAAUGCACC